AAUUUUAUUGAUUGUUCUAUAAUAAUGAUAUAAACAAUUAUUAUUGUGAUUUUUUAAUAUAAAUUUUUUAUGUGAUUUUUAUUGCUAUCUCAUUUAUGUCUUUUUAAAUUAAAUUAUUUUUUAAUCAUCACCCGAUUUAAUUUUAAUUGUGAAGCAAUAAAAUACAAUAUUAAACGUAACUAUAGCUGAAAUGGAUUUUUAUGAGUUUUCGUAAUUUUUUUUUAUUUGCUGACAAUUAUAUUUUAUAUUUACUAAUAAUACUGUGCCAACAAUUAAUUAAUUAAAUUACAUAUUUCUAUUAAAACUAUUAUAAUUUGAACUAUUGUUUAAUUGCAUYAUUGAUUAUACAUUAUUGUAACAAAUCAUUUGCAACAAACAAUUGCUAUCAAAAUGAAUAUGAAAAUAGGAGACGUCUCUAAUGAUGAUAUCAAUGAUAUCGCUAGCAAUGAAAAUGAUAAGAAAACAUCGGAACAAUUGGACACUUAUUUUACAGCAGAAGUAUCGGUGCCCGUUGUUAGUGACUACCGGUUCAGUUGGCGUAGAUUGUGGGCCUUUACUGGUCCAGGAUUUCUUAUGUCAAUCGCUUAUCUGGACCCGGGAAACAUUGAAUCUGAUUUGCAAUCGGGUACAGUGUCCAGAUAUCGGCUGCUGUGGGUUCUGGUUUGGUCAACAAUUGUUGGACUUUUUAUGCAACGUUUGGCCGCACGUCUAGGUGUGGUCACUGGCAAACAUUUGGCAGAAGUUUGUUAUAUCAGAUACCCGAAAGUUCCGCGAAUUUUAUUGUGGAUAAUGUCAGAAAUUGCAAUCAUUGGUUCCGAUAUGCAAGAAGUUAUAGGCACUGCUGUGUCCAUAUAUUUAUUGUCCAAUAGGACUAUCCCUUUAUAUGCCGGUGUUUUACUAACAAUUUUGGAUACAUUUUCAUUUCUAUUGUUGGAUAGAUAUGGUUUACGCAAAUUAGAGGCAUUUUUUGCUCUUUUGAUAGCAAUAAUGGCCAUUACUUUUGGUUAUGAGUUCAUCAAAGUCAAGCCAUUGGCCGUUGAUAUUGCAAAAGGAGUGGUCAUACCUUACUGUGAAGGGUGUGACAGUAAAUCUUUAUUACAGGCCGUCGGUAUUAUCGGUUGUAUAAUAAUGCCACAUAACCUAUACCUUCACUCAGCUUUAGUCAAAUCACGCAAAGUUGAUCGCAAAAUCAAAGAAGAGAUCAGUGAUGCUAACCGUUAUGUAUUCAUUGAGGCUGUAUUAGCACUGGGAGUCUCUCUGAUGAUAAACAUAUUUGUCACUUCAGUGUUUGCUCACGAACUCUAUGGUAAAUCUAACGCAGAUGUGCUUCAGAUAUGUAAAGCCACGAAUAACUCAAUCUAUGACACGAGUGAUUUUGAAGACAACAACAAACCAUUUGAUGCCGAUCUUUACAAGGCUGGCAUAUAUAUGGGCUGUCAGUUUGGUGCCUUUGCUAUGUAUAUCUGGGCUGUUGGUAUAUUUGCCGCCGGACAGUCAUCAACUAUGACGGGCACGUAUUCGGGACAGUUUGUUAUGGAGGGCUUCUUAAAUCUUAAGUGGGAUCGUUGGAAAAGAGUACUAUUGACCCGAACUAUAGCCAUAGCACCGACACUCGCCGUAACCCUAACCUCAGACAUUGGUCGCUUGACAGGAAUGAAUGAUUAUUUAAAUGCCUUAAUGAGUAUUAUGUUGCCGUUUGCAUUGCUACCGGUGCUAACAUUUACAUCAAAUGUCAAAGUGAUGGGUCAGUUCGUUAACGGAAUAUUUAUGAAAUGUUUUUCAACAAUUGUCUCAUUUAUUGUAAUUUCAAUUAACCUAUACUUUGUUAUUGAUAGAGUAUAUGAAAAUGGAAAUACAUUAAUCUAUACAUUAGUUGCAAUAUUUGGUGUAUUAUAUAUUAUAUUUAUAAUUUAUCUUAUUAUUUGCUAUUCUGUGGUAUUAUUAUCAAAUCCAAAGAUAUCAAUAGCCAAACCAACUAACUCUCUGUCCAAUCCAAGACUAUAA